AUGUCUACACCACCAUCGUACCCCAUCUUUCCUAUACAAACACCAGAUUAUCUACUUUCCUUCCAAUUUUCAUCGUGGUAUCCAACAUUUUCCUCCAUCAGCACCAAAAGUACCAUCAUCCGUCCCUUGGACCAAGCAUUCAAGGAAUACCUCGACUCAGACGGUAUUUUCGUACCAGAAGGCUCGGAAAAUGCUCCAGCAGAAAGUUCUCUUUCAGAUGAAGAGGAUGACACCGAUGAUGCUGCUAUCGGGAGAUCCUUCUCCUUCCCCGAUCUAGACGAGCGGAUAAGACAAGCGAUCAAAGAAUACGGCGCCGUCUUUCCAAAGCUCAAUUUCUCUUCACCAAAGGACGCAUCAUGGGUACUACCACCAUCCUCGCCUCUCAAAUGUACGGCUCCGUCAGACGUCUACAUCCUGUUGAAAUCAUCGGACUUCGUGUCGCAUGACCUGAGUAUCGACACGGUCUUCGAGGGUUGUCAAUGCGAUCCUUCGAAUCCACCCUUGUAUGAACUCGAGCUUGUCUUGCGGAAAUGGUAUCCUAUAGAUAGGAGCCGCGAGUUCCGAUGCUUCGUUCGCGAAGGCCGUCUCAUAGGAAUAUCACAACGCGAUACGAAUUUCUACGAUUUCAUGAACGAGCCCCGAACACAGCAAAAGAUCGUCGAGGCGCUUCAGCGCCUUUGGGAGGAGAAUAUCAAGUCCAAAUGGCAUGGACAACAAGACUACAUCUUCGAUGUGUUGAUGACGCGUGAUCUGUCUCGGGGACACGUCCUGGACUUCAACCCAUAUGCAACCCGAACGGAUCCCCUCUUAUUCACGUACGAAGAGCUGUUGUCAGUCCUUACACAGGGAUUGAGUUCGCCUGAACUUCGUAUCAUCGACUCGCCUUUACAUCCGGCUGCAGCACGCAAUGCACCAGCUCACCAACAUAACAUGCUCCCAAUUGAAGCCCUCGCACUGAGUAGUGGGCGAGGCAUUGACGAGUUCUCAGAUUUGUGGCAGAAAGAGAUUCAACACUCCAUCAAUGAUGGCGAUUGA